AUGGCGUCAUUCGUUAUUCAAGCGCCGGACGCCUUCAACUUUUCGUCGCCGAACGAGUGGCCGAAGUGGAAACAGCGCUUUGAACGUUUCCGAACCUCUUCAGGCUUGUGCGUGAAGCCCGAGCAACAUCAAGUAGACGCCCUACUCUACAUCAUGGGUGAGGAAGCCGAGGAAAUCUACGCCACCUUCGCUUUAUCUGAAGAGAACUCCAAGAAAUUCGACGCCGUCAUGGAGCAGUUUGACAAGUAUUUUAUUCCGCGACGCAACGUAAUCUUCGAACGAGCCAGAUUCAACACCAGACUGCAACAAGAUGGUGAGUCGGCCGAAGAUUUCGUCACUGCGCUUCACACGCUUUCGAAAGAUUGCGAGUUCGGAGCUCUUCGAGAGGAGUUCGUGCGCGGCUCCCUCGUGGUUGGGAUAAAAGACAAGCAGCUAUCCGCCAGGUUACAGCUCGACGCAGAGCUCACACUACAAAAGGCUCUCGAUUCCGUCCGCCAGAUCGAGAGUGUCCAUAAGCAACACGCGGAGCUACACCAGGAAGGGCCAUCUUUGAACAAAGUUGCAUCCGGUGCGCAGACCAGUCGACGUGCUUCAAUGCAAGACAAAAGUGGCAGUUAUCUACGCGGGGCAAGCAAGCCAUCUUCAUCCUCCGGUAAAAACAGAGAGCAGAAACCGUGCCGUUGGUGUGGUCAAGAGCGUCACCCUCGCACUCUCUGCCCAGCACGCUCGGAAGUCUGCAGGAAUUGCCGGAAGAAAGGUCACUAUGCCUCCGUAUGCAUGUCGCGACGCCUCCAUUUUGUCGAAACCGAGCACGGAACUUUAGAAGUAGGAUUUCUUGGAGCAGUCAAGACGACGGAUGCUGGAAACUGGGAAGCAACAGUCUUGGUUCAAGGCCAGCCAGUAGACUUCAAAAUUGACACUGGUGGCGACGAAACCGUCCUCCCGACGCACGUAUUCCAGACGCUCAAGGACAGGCCGCUUCUAUCAGCUCCUCCUCGUCAGCUGCAUGGCCCACAUGGAAAGCUUCUUCCAGCAGCAGGAGUGGCACAACUCCAGCUCAUCUACCGCAACCACGCGACUACACAGGAGAUAUACGUCCUACAUCAGAUCUGCACUCCGUUGCUAGGCAAGCCAGCCAUCAAAAAGCUACAGAUGCUGACCUUCGUAAACGCCAUUGCCGACAAAGUGAACCCGAAAGAAGAAUUUCCAGCGGUGUUCCAAGGACUCGGCAAGCUGCUCAAGGAACACAGGAUUCAGCUUCAACCAGGAGCAAAACCUUUCGCACUCAGCUCCCCGAGGCGCAUCCCAAUUCCAUUGUACGAGAAGACAAAGUUGGAACUUCAAAGGAUGCAGAAACUCGGUGUCAUAUCACCUGUUGAUGAGCCGACCGAGUGGUGUGCACCAAUGGUAGUCGUCCCAAAGCCCUCCGGAGACGUGAGAAUAUGCGUCGACUUUACAGAGCUGAACCGCCACGUUCUCAGAAAAUGGCAUCCUGUUCCUUCCGUGGAGCACACUCUCGGACUUCUUCAUGGAGCUAAGGUGUUCUCCAAACUCGAUGCCAACUCUGGAUUUUGGCAAAUUCUACUUUGUGAAGAAUCAAGGAAACUCACCACCUUCAUCUCACCUUUUGGGCGCUUCUACUUCAACCGACUACCAUUUGGCAUUGCGUCAGCUCCUGAACACUUCCAGAAGCAGAAGGCGUACAUUUUACAAGGCAUCAGUCGAGUUGUCUGUCACAUGGACGACAUCCUCAUCUGUGGUUCCAACAGCCAUGAGCACAAUGAGACACUCCGAAACGUGCUGCAGGCACUUGCAAAGGCUGGAGUGACACUGAACGACAGCAAGUGCGUGUUUAAUGUUCAACGCCUUACAUUCCUUGGACACUGGCUCGAUGAAGACGGAAUAAGACCCGAAGAAAAGAAGGCUGAAGCCAUACUGAAAAUGGAGAGUCCCAAAAGUAGGACCGAGCUGCAGAGAGUUCUCAGAAUGGCAACAUACCUUGCGAGAUUCGUUACCAAUCUCUCUGAUAUUCUGCAGCCACUCACACUACUGUUGUCAAAAAAGCAAGAAUUUGCUUGGAGUGCUCCACAAGAGCAGGCAUUCAACAUGUGGAAGUCGGUGCUCUCAUCUCGUCCUGUCCUUGGAGUCUACGACCCAUCAAAAGAAACAGUCAUAACCGCCGACGCAUCAUCCUUCGGACUGGGAGCAUUAAUCCGGCAGAAGCAAACGAAUGAGGCUGCAGUGAAAAGCAUCAAGACAUCCAUGACGAAGACCAAGGACACUUACCUGACACUUCUAGCUUACAGGUCGACUCCUUUGAAGAAUGGAUAUAGCCCUGCCGAACUGCUCAUGGGUCGUCGGCUGAGAUACAGCCUUCCUCUUUGUUCCACCAAGCUGACACCCCAAUUGCCAGAUCAAGGCAGCCUUCGGAAUUUUGAGGAAAGAUACAGAAAACGUCAAAGGAAAGACUUCGACAGACGUCACGGAGUCCGCGACUUGCCGGAACUUCAUUAUGGAGAUGCCGUGUGGGUGACAGACCUCAAGAGCAAAGGGGCAGUACAAGCUCCAGCCGAUGAGUCUCGAUCUUAUUGGGUCAACACCGACACUGGUGCUGCCUACCAAGACCUGCAGGCCUGCCGAGACCACUGA